AUGCCAAAAGUUUCUAAAAUAAAAUAUUAUGCUGUUCAUUCUGGACGUAAACUAGGAAUUUAUUAUUUCUGGGAAGAAUGUAAAGAUCAAAUUCAUAGAUAUCCUGGUGCUUUAUUUAGAUCAUUUGAAAUAAAGCAGCAAGCAGAAGAUUAUAUAAACAAUUUGAUUGAAAAAGAAAAUAUAUUUGUUUGGACAGAUGGAUGUUGUGAAAAUAAUGGAAAAAAAGAUGCUAGAGCAGGUAUUGGAGUUUAUUGGUUAGAAAGAAAUACAUUAAAUUUAAGUAAAAGAUUGCCAGGAAAAUUACAAACAAAUAAUCGAGCAGAAAUAUUUGCAAGGCAUCGUGGAAAUGAAGGUAAUGAACAAGCAGAUAAAUUAGCAUAUUUAGAAUCACAGAAACCAUUUUUAGAGCGAUUCAAUAAUGUUGUAUCAGAUAAUCAUCAUAUUACUGAUUGUCCAGAUUAUAAAAAACAAAAUUUUAAUACUUGGUGGCAAGAUGAUUUUCAAUCAAAUUUUCAUAGACCAAUUAUGUAUUCUGAUAAUAAAGGUCAUAUUGUUGAAGAAUUAAAAAAGAUUAUUAGAUCUCAUAAAUGGUAUAAGAAAGAAGCAAAUAUUGUUGAUGAGAAUGAUAAAUAUUUUGUUAAUUACAUGUUUCUAGAUAUCAAAAUUGAUAAGAUCAAAUUUAAAAAUAAUUAUAGUUUUGAUUUAC